AUGGAGCAGCCGUUUUUGAGUGUGGAUUCGUCCCUCGACCCGCAGUUGCAUACGGAUAGUACUGGUAGAGUACUCCCUGCAAGUGGACACAAGGAUUUUGACUUGACGAACCCCUCGAACCCCAGUAUUGCAACUGCUCAGGCAUUGUUGCUGGGACAGGAUCUGAGAUAUAAUCAACAAAAUGCCUACCAGUUACAGCAAAAUCAACUUCAUCAAAACCAGUUGUCGCAGGACCAGUUGCAACAGAAUCAUUUACACCAAAUACAGCCCAUGCACCAUCAAGUGUUACACCAGGAUUUACAACAGCAACAACAACAACAUGCUCAGCAUCAGAUGAGAGUUCUGGCAGAUCAACAUUCUCAGGCACAUCAUCAGCAGCUGCCGCAACAACACCAACAACAACAACAACAACAACAGCAGCAGCAGCAGCAGCAACAACAACAACAACAACAACAUGCAUCUGUUCAUCCUUCUCAUUCUACGUUUGGAGGUGAAGAGUCAAAGUUUGAUAUACCAGAAAAAGGUUUGGUGGCCCCUAUUCCUCCACUUCAUAUUCAGCAACAGAUAGUCAAUAAUCAAGGCGGUGAAGGAGAAGAAAUCAUAAAGGAGCAAGGUAUUGAUGGUACUAUUAAUCAGAUUUUAAGAUCUUCGUGUUCAAGGUGUAAAAAGGAAUUUGAUCAGCCUAUAAUUAUUCCUCAAUCGACAGACAAUUUACAAGGACCUAAGCCUUUGGCCGAGCCGAAGAUUUAUAAACUAUGUCAACAUUGUCGUGACUUACAGAGGCAGCGUUCCAGAAGAUGGCAGAAGAAAACGAAGGAUAAACAUGGGGCAUGUAGACGUUGCGGUUCAGAGAUACCUCCCGAUCAGCAAAAGUUCGUACUCUGUCCAGGCUGUAGACAAAACUUGAGGACAAGGAAGGCAAAUAGAGCUGCUCAAGGGAAGUGUGUACACUGUUCUGGUCCGUUAGAUGCUUCAAUUAUAACAGGUGACGAGAAAAAUGGUAAAGAAAAGGAUAGGCACAAGACUGGUAAGUAUAAAGUGUGCCAAAGAUGUAGGGAAAAUGAUAAAAUAAGAAGGACAAAUUUGGAGAGAAUGGGAAAUUGUAAUCGAUGCGCAAAGUCGUUGGAUGCAGCUGAUAUUGGUAAGCACAAGGUUUGUUCCAGCUGUCGUAAUAGAAAAAAGAAUUUGAAUCAGAAUGGAAACACAACACCGUCUUCAAAUUCUAAUUCAGUGCCAUCUUCAUCUACUGUUCCCCAUCCAAUUCCACAUUCAAUGGGCAUGAUGCCUCUGGAUCAAUCGUUGGCAAUGUUGUCAAAUCCAGGUGCAUUCGGCCCCGUACUGAUUCCACAGCUGUAUGGCCAGCCUCAAUAUGUUCAAACACAGCAGCAAUAUAAUCAAGCAGUGGCUCAACAGCAUGCUUUCAACCAGGCUAUGGCCCAAGCUCAAGCUCAGGCCCAGGCUCAAGCUCAAGUUCAGGCUCAGGCUCAGGCUCAAGCUCAGGUUCAGGCUCAAGCUAAAGCUCAGGCCCAGUUUCAGGCUAGGCAGCAGCAUUAUGUUCCACAGCAACAACCUGGUUCUAACCCGGUUGUUACUGAUUUCCAAAAUGCAAUGGCUGUUGCUGCCGCACAACAAAGGAAUUUGGCGCCAGGUACUGGCCGUAAUUGA